CCCAGUAUGUCCAACACCUCCAGCUAUGAGUCCACUUCCUCCACCAAGAGGCCCAGUACCCCUAAACAAAAGUCCAGCACACCCAGUGCCUCUGACCAGCAACCCAGCUUCUCCAUCCAAAGGCCCGCCACCUUGAACCAGAGGUCCAGAAUGUCCAGUGAAUCCAACCAGAGACCCAGGGAGUCCACCCAGGUACCCAAUACCUCCACCCAGAGACCCAACAUCCCCACCCAGAAGUCCAGAAUGCCCAGUGGAUCCGAUCACGGACCAAGCAUGUCCAAAGCCUCCAGCUAUGAGCCCACUUCCUCCAACCAGAGACCCAGAGAAUCCAACCAGGUACCCAAUGCCUCCAACCAGAGACCAGCGAUGACCAGCAGCUCCAGCCAGAAGCCCAGCAUCAUCAGCCAAAUACCCAGCUCCUCCAAUCCGAGGCCCAGCACUUCCAGCCUCAAACCCAGCAUGCCCAGCACCUCCAGCUUGGCAGUGCGAGGUCCAUCCCUAGCCAGCAGUCCAACAACCCCACCAGAGGUGCAGCACCCCAAAACAGCGGCCCAGCUGCCUAACAAGAGACCCAGCACCUCUAUCCACUGGACCAACACCCCACGCAGUGUCCCAGCAUCUCCAAGCAGAGACGUCACUCGCUUAGAAAGAGAUCCAACAACGCCAACCAGAGGUCCAAGCUCCCCAGUCAUAAAGCCAACAUCUCUGACAAAAGGACCUAUUUCUCCAACUAGAAACCCACCGUCCCCCAUCAGGGGCUCAACACUCCUAACAAGAGGUCCAUCCCCAGCAACCAGAAGCCCAGGAGCCCCAAGCAAGGGACCCGAAACCUACAACCAGGAAGGCAGCACCUUACACAGGAAGCCCGUGUUUUCUUCACAGAUUUCCAGCAACUCCAAGCAGGAGACUGGUGGCUCCUUCAACACCCGCCAGAGGCUGAGCUCCACUGAGCAGAGGCCCAGCCCUGCCAACCCGGACCCCGGCCGGACAUCCAACAGCUUCCGUCGGAGGAUUACAUCUCUGCUGGAUGCCCACCAGAGGCUGAGCUCCACUGAGCAGAGGUCCAACACCUCCCGCCAGACCCCCAGCCAGACAUCUGACAGCCUCCGUCAGAGGAUUAGAUCUCUGCUGGAUGCCCACCAGAGGUCCAGGACCCCUGACAAGAGAUAAAACCUUCGGACCAGGCUCCAGGCCCUCAUCCAGAUGUCCAGCCAUCAUGACCACAAUUCCAGCUCCCCUGAGAGGACGGUCCACCCGUCCCGGCGCUGGCUCUGGACAGUCAGUGCCUAGUAUCAGAGAUCAGAGCUCAGCACGGACGUGUCAUCUCCUCCAUAUCAAGAACUGGCAGUUCCUGCUGUGAAAGCACGAAAAGUCAUCCGUGAUGGUCCUGGAACCCGUCCGGGUCUUUAGGUGAGGAGUCCCAGGUCAGAUCUGAGCCAAGCAGCGUGCACCUGAAGCUCCUGUUGGCAGUGUGAAAAAGAACUCUAUUCUUCGUCUUCGUGACAUCGCGCGGAUCUGUAUGCAUCUCUCCUAGUCUGAUGCCGAAAGGCGAUUGUCAACCUUUUCCGAGGCUGGUUGUUGGAAUGCAAUCAUGUUUUCACAGCGAACCAGAUCUUAAGCUGCAGGGCGCUCAGAGCUCAGCGGCUCAGAUUUUAACAUCAGCGCGUGAGCACCUUUCACCUCUUCUCAUCUUCCUUGCACUGGCUUCCUGCGAUGAAGGAAAUCCCUGGACAGGUGACUUCCUGCUCCCUCUCUUCCCAACGGCUGGCUCUGAGCACCCGGAGAUCCUGGGAUCUGGGGGUUCCUCUUCUCCCAGCCCCCACCUGUCUGAUCCUGCCAGUCAGUGAGCCAGCACUUUCAACUCAGGGAAAAAAAAACUCCUUUUUAUACAGCCGAUUUGAAUUUUAUCUGCUUUUCUGUAUCACUCGAAAACCUGUCCCGUUUGGUGGACUGUUUGAUCGCAAGGCAUAAUAUUUGUUAUUUCAUGAAAAAUAA